AUCCAACCAAAGUUCCAUUCCUUGGCCAACUCAGCUUGCCAACCAAACUUCCAACUCCUCUGUUACGCAACGACAACUUUCUAAAGGCUGAGCAGGCUCUCGGUCUGGCAAUCUAUUAUAUCGCCUACUUCAUCGUCUUCGAGAUUUCAUCUCAUGUAUCCCUUAACGUUUGUUCUAUUAUACAUUUAGAACUCGGUUUCUUUCGUAACCUGCUGGCUAACCUGGUUCUCACUGUAUUAUAUCCCAACCGCCAUAUGUAAGCUAGCUCUUUAACAACCUCCUUCAUACACCGUCCGGAGUGAUUCCUUAGGUCACUAAUAGACGCUACGACGCAUUUAAUAGCCUUAUAAUCAUGAGUAGCAAUCAGUUAGAAACUCGUUCAGUCUCUCCUGACAUUGAACAGCAACGGCCGCGCAACGCUUCACCGGCACAUCCGGACAAUCCGCUCGGUGGCCCGCAACAUCUCGAGUUCAACGAGGACGACGACCCUCCGACCCCGCGCUUUAUGCAGGACCAAGGCGCUUGGAAGAAUUGGAAAUGGGUUCCAUAUCCCGCCCGAAAGUAUGGGAAAGCCGCCUUUAGAUGGAUGAAGGGUCCGCAGAACCCCAAGGUCUGGAGGAUUGAACCACUCUUUCCUACCGUCCAAGAGGCGCCACUUCGUCUGCUCGACAAAUUCCUUCCCAACAAGAAACACCAAAUAUUGUUGUAUAUGGGCUAUAUCGCUGUAUGGAUUGUUGUAUUUGCCAUUGUUAUGUGGCGGGGCCAAGUUGCUUCAGAAGUUGCGGGUUAUGGCACCCCUAUGGACAUAGGAUGUGGUGUCGCAUACUGGAGUCGCAAUAACGACUGUGGUCUUGAUGGUGUCAACUGCAGGCCGUUCAACGGCAGCGGCUUUGCCUUUCGCUGCCCUUCCAACUGCGCCAGCUACCGGGUCCUCAAUCCUCGAGCAGUAGGAAGCCAGGAAGUAGUCUACGCCCCGUUGGUCGUCGGUGGACCGCCCGAUCCCGCCAACGAAGAGAACCCAGUCUACCGAGGCGAUUCUUUUAUUUGCGGAUCUGCCGUUCAUGCUGGUCUCAUAUCUAAUUCCCUGGGUGGUUGUGGUGUCGUCAACUUAGUAGGACGGCAGCAGAACUACAUUAGCACGGAUAGACAUGGCAUCCAUAGCGUUGCCUUCGAUUCGUACUUCCCGCUGUCCAUUACCUUUGAACCGGGGAUCGAAUGCAAGGCUAGAGACGUAAGAUGGUCGCUACUAGCGGUUUCCGUAGUCUUCAGCUCCGUAUUAUCGUUGUUUACUGCUUCGUCAUCAGUAUUUUUCUUUACCGUCUUUGUUGGUAUAUUUUGGCAAGUGGGUAUGGCUUCCGACCCGCCGUCCUACACGUCAAUCUCCGGAUUGUUUUCCAACAUUAUGGGCAAGUUUCUUCCCGCCAUGUUCUGCGCUUGGGUAUUUUAUGACAAAAUGGGUGUGCGACGAACUUUACAAGGCUUAACGGCCCAGGUUGAGAAGACUGUUCUGUGGCUAGGUGGCUGCUGGGUUGGAGCACUUACGAAUUACACUUUCGAUUACAUACCUAUCCAACGCCUAACAGGGCACGACCUCGAGCAGCAACCUGGUGCCAAGGCAGCUCUCGCUAUCAUUGUCAUCGUACUAUUUUUCAUUGCUGUUGGCCAAGUCUGGUGCUUCCGACAAGAAGGGAGAUUGAUACGGAUUCUCAAGCUGUAUGCGCUGUUCAUCUUGGGGAUUAUCAUCUGUCUCGUGCUACCUAGCCUUAGCUUGCGUAUUCAUCACUACAUCUUAGCAUUGCUCCUGGUACCAGGUACCAGCAUGCAAACAAGGCCAUCUCUUCUUUACCAAGGUAUUCUGAUAGGGUUAUUCAUCAACGGUAUAGCUCGCUGGGGAUUCGACUCUAUCUUACAGACCUCGGUAGCUUUGCAAGGUGAUGCUCAACUGGGGUCUCCUCUUCCCGCUCUCCUCGCGCCUAUCAUUAACACCACUGUUUCAACAAUCACAUUCCAGUGGCAACCUCCGCCGGGAUUGCGAUACGAUGGUAUCAGUGUGCUGGUCAACGAUGUCGAAAGAUACCGUGGUUUCUUCGCUGAUGAAGGCUCAGACCGCUUCGUAUGGUCUCGCGACAACGGGUCGAAUUAUAACGAGUACUUCCGAUUUGGUUUCAUGUCGGGUACAACAAGCGGAGAUUAUACCAAGGCUGGUAUCUGGACAGAGGACCUUGAUUGGGUUGAUCCUCAACCAGGGCCUUCAAGAAUCAAAGCCCGAGAUUUGGAUGGGUCCGAAAUAGAACAGGUAUCGCGUGCCGUAUGGAAAUGAAUUAUGAUCGUAUUAUGAUAGCCAAUCAACACAGUUAAUUUUAUGAGCGAAAAUAUGGUUCAUCAUCUACCAUUUUACAGUCAAAUAUCCAGAAACCAGUCCAGUCGUCCAUCCAUUUCGUAUCAGCUUAUGAUUUUUCUAACCGACUAAUAUGCAAGUACCUACCUAACGAAGUAUCGCGUAACUUCCCUAAGAAUGGAAUAUUAUUGCCUACAUCUAUCUCAUAUUCCUUUGGGGCUAUUUUACUUGGUUUCUUCUGUAUGGUUACAUACAGGUUAUGCGCUAUUGGAGGUCAGCAUCGACCCCUAUUUCGGUG